AUGGCUGUAAUACCAAAUUUGUUAAUGGAUGAUAAAAUGAAUAAUGAUGAUAAACUAUGUAAAGCCUCAGAAAAAAGAUGGUCAUACAAUAUGUGUGAAUGUGAAGCACGUACCGAUACAACAGUACCUGUUAAAGUAAAAGAUUUUGGUGUAAUUGAUCAAUGUGGUGUUGGGUUAUUAAGUACAUGUUCAUGUACUGAUAAAACAAUGGUUGAAUGCGGUGCGAAUUGUGAAAAAAAAGUACAAGAAUGGGUGAAAUCUGGAUGCUCUGGUGCACUUUUGGGUAUAAAACGUGGAACAAUUAUGAGUUAUCAUCAUGGAGAUUGUCAAAAAGGGUACGGUACCAAAAAAUAUACAUGUCCUUGA